CAAGGACAACAGAAAGGCCUUCUUCAAAUACUCUGCAGACAAAAGGUCUGAGGGAGGACACGCACCAGGUACAGCGCAGCAGAAAGCAGUUUCAGUUUGAAGAAGAUUCAUUUAAUUACCCACUAGGAAAGAACUGGGGUAGUGAGAACUAAAAGCAAACAAAAACCACUUUCCCAUUCUAACUUGUGUCCAACUCAGGUAUGUGAAGUAAGGAUGGCAGCAGCACGCCUCAGGGAUGGUCCCCAGACUGUUACAUGUGUUUGCUUGUUGUCAAAGCUCCAGUUUUAUGUAUUUUUUUGAUUAUACUCAAGUUAUGUCCAUAACUGCUCCCAUCCCUAUGCUGGGGGCUACUGCCAGCCUACUUCCAUAUGCGCAGUGGGGCUGUGACCUCACAGAAUGAUCCCCUCCGGCCGGACUAUGAUCUCACGGCUCUGCCCAUGUAAGCCAGCGGCCAGCACUUGGUCUCUCCCAGUGCGGUCGUGACCAGCUUUGAGCGAUGGUUCUCGACAGCUUUCUCCUUGUCCCCAGCCUCCUGCUCCUGGUGGCUGGGCUGUCUUUGCUCACCACUUCCUGGCGCCGACAGGGUUCUGACCGGCGCUGGCAGUGGUGGAGAUGGUGGCAGCAAGUAGCGGCAUUGAAGUCACGUGAGUCCCCUGAGGGUCAGCCUGGCACAUUCCCAGGCAGGGCCAGUCCUCUGGGAGAAGCCAGGCUUUGUACCAGCCUCUGUCACGAAGCAGCCAGGCCAGGUGGGCCUGGAAGAUCCCCGGUGCCCCCUAGCCUACUGUGGCUCAGGCCCGCUCCCUGUUUUACAGGUGCUGAGAGGCAGGCAGGCAGGCGCGGGAGCCCCCUGUGCAGGCCACGUUGCUCCCAGCAGCAAGCAUCACCAUGGCACGGCAGUCCCAUCCCGCCCCGUCUCAUCCGGCCAGGAAAGACCCGGCCUUUGCUGCAGCGCAGCCUAUGCCCCUCUCUUCACAUGGACUCUGCCACUGGUUCCACGAGCUCUGCAGGGAAACCCGGCAGGCUUCCCAGACAGGACCAGCGCCCGCAGGUUCUGCUGGCACGUGGGACCCCCAGGACGCUCAGUCAGCGUUCAAGGCUAGGCAGUGGAGUUGCAGACCUGCCACCUGAGAUCAUCAACUGCACAAAGCCACCAGUGAAAGGGAUGAUCUUUCAGGAGGGGCUCGUUCAAACAGAGGAGAGAAGACGCUGGUGGCAAUACAAGACCAAGAGGCCUAUUUGGCCCAUGCGCCCCCCAGCACUUCCCAAAGGGCACGAGAAAGCAGGAGCUGCAGCAAGACCAUCACGUGGACCAGCUUUGAGCCUCGAGAGAAAAGCAGACAGCAGCACUGAAACCUGCCAGCCCUUCAACUCUGGCUUCAGUGACAAGAGAAGCACAGAGCAAUCGGACAGGCUCGCUAUGGAAAGGCUGUACCGGCAGCUCCUGGUGUCCCUGAAGCGGCCCAAGACUAAGAACGAACAAUUGCUACAAGUCAGGCAGUGCAACUGAAGAGCAACCUCCUGUAACCCCUUCCUGCACACAGCCACCAAUGAAAGGCACGAUCGUGCAGGAGAACAUCCUUCCAACAGAGGAGAGGAAAUGCUGGUGGAAGAGCAGGGCCAAGAGGCCUUCUGACUGUUGUAUACCCUCCCCAGCUCUUCCCAGAGUCUGGAUGGAAGCUGGAGCAGCUGCAGGACCAACACCGGGGCCAGCUUCAAGCCUGCAGAAAAGGAGACAGCAGAACUGAAACCUGCCAGCACCUAGACGCUGCUGUCAUCGUUAUGGAUUCAUUGUCAACAUACCAACAGAGAACUGAACCU